UCUCAUAUUUCCAGUGAUUCGCGGACUGGACGGUUGUCUUGGAACUCGCGAUCGAAAAUGUGGUUCGUGUUGUAUAUUUUUCUGGCCCUGCCACUGCUGCUGGUUGCCUAUCUGGAGUUGAGCACAUUCCGGCGGAGAAGAGUGCUUAACAAGUUCAACGGCCCAAGCGGCCUGCCACUGAUGGGAAACGCUCAUCAAAUGGGCAAGAAUCCGUCAGAAAUACUCGACACGGUUUUCUCCUGGUGGCAUCAGUAUGGAAAAGACAACUUCGUCUUUUGGAUUGGAACGUAUUCUAAUGUAUUGGUCACCAGUUCCAAGUACCUAGAAUUCAUACUCAGCAGUCAAACGCUGAUCACAAAGUCCGACAUUUAUCAACUAACACACCCGUGGCUGGGAUUGGGUCUCCUCACCAGUACUGGCAGCAAGUGGCACAAACACCGCAAGAUGAUCACCCCAGCCUUCCAUUUCAACAUCCUGCAGGACUUCCACGAGGUCAUGAACGAGAACUCCACCAAGUUUAUCAAGCACUUGAAGACGGUUGCUGCCGGGGACAAUAUCUUCGACUUCCAGGACCAGGCCCACUAUCUGACCCUGGAUGUUAUUUGCGACACAGCGAUGGGUGUGUCCAUCAAUGCAAUGGAAAACCGCAGCUCGUCCAUUGUACAGGCCUUCAAAGAUAUGUGCUACAACAUCAAUAUGAGAGCCUUCCACCCGCUGAAGCGCAAUGAACUGCUGUAUCGAUUGGCUCCGGACUACCCGGCCUACAGCAGGACUCUGAAGACCCUCCAGGACUUUACCAACGAGAUAAUCGCUAAGCGCAUUGAAGCCCACAAAUCGGGUGCAGUUUCGACCAGUACGGGAGAUGAGUUCACUCGCAAGAAAAUGGCCUUUUUGGACACCCUGCUGUCCUCCACUAUCGAUGGUCGUCCCCUGAACUCCAAGGAGCUGUACGAAGAGGUCUCCACAUUUAUGUUUGAAGGACAUGAUACUACCACUUCUGGAGUGUCGUUCGCUGUCUAUUUGCUUUCUAGACAUCAAGAUGAACAGAGCAAACUAAUUAAGGAGCAACGCGAGGUGAUGGGUAAUUCCGAACUGGGUCGCGAUGCCACCUUCCAGGAAAUAUCCCAAAUGAAGUACUUGGAUCUCUUUAUCAAGGAGGCCCAGCGUGUUUAUCCCAGCGUGCCCUUUAUUGGACGAUAUACAGAGAAGGACUAUGUUAUAGAUGGAGAUCUCGUACCCAAGGGCACCACACUGAACUUAGGUCUCGUGAUGCUGGGUUAUAACGAAAAGGUGUUCAAGGAUCCCCACAUGUUCCGACCUGAGCGCUUUGAGCUGGAGAAACCAGGACCUUUUGAGUAUGUACCCUUCAGCGCUGGACCCCGAAACUGCAUUGGUCAGAAGUUCGCCCUGCUGGAGAUCAAGACGGUGGUAUCCAAGAUCAUUAGGAACUUUGAGGUGCUUCCUGCUCUGGAUGAGCUUGUCUCUAAGGAUGGCUAUAUAAACACCACUAUCGGACUUCCUGAUGCCGAGAGGAAGAAGCGCGAUCCAUACCGUCACAAAUACGACCCGAUUCUUUCCGCUGUGCUGACCUUGAAAUCCGAAAAUGGUCUAUACAUUCGACUGAAGGAAAGGCACUCAGAGAGUCUUGAGGUUUCUACUCAAAUCCGAUUCACUCGCUGCACCGAUCGGUUGUCUGUGGUCGCAUUCAAAAUGUGGACCGUACUGUGCGCUUUUCUUGCCCUUCCGCUGUUCUUGGUGACCUAUUUCGAGUUUGGACUACUGCGGCGAAAGCGAAUGCUGAACAAGUUCCAGGGCCCAAGUAUGCUGCCUUUGGUGGGCAAUGCCCAUCAGAUGGGAAAGACUCCCACAGAGAUUUUGAACCGAUUUUUUGGCUGGUGGCAUGAGUACGGCAAGGAUAACUUUCGUUAUUGGAUAGGCUACCACUCGAAUAUUAUGGUCACUAGUCCCAAAUACAUGGAGUUUAUACUUAGCAGUCAGACUCUGAUAUCCAAGUCCGAUGUAUAUGAUCUCACUCACCCAUGGCUGGGAUUAGGCCUCCUCACUAGUACUGGCAGCAAAUGGCACAAACACCGGAAGAUGAUAACCCCAGCCUUCCACUUCAACAUCCUGCGGGACUUUCACGAAGUGAUGAACGAGAACUCCACCAAGUUCAUAGAUCAACUGAAGAAGGUGGCAGACUGAGGCAACAUCUUCGACUUCCAGGAAGAGGCACAUUACUUGACUCUGGACGUCAUUUGCGAUACAGCGAUGGGUGUGUCCAUCAAUGCCAUGGAGAACCGAAGUUCCUCCGUUGUGCAGGCCUUUAAAGAUAUUACCUACACCAUUAAGAUGAGAGCCUUCAGUCCGUGGAAGCGCAACGAAUACCUCUUUCGCUUUGCUCCUGAAUAUCCAGAAUAUAGUAAAACUCUGAAAACCCUGCAGGACUUUACCAAUCAGAUAAUAGCGAAGAGAAUCGAAGUCCGAAAAUCAGGGCUUGAAGACGACAUCAAGGCUGAUGAGUUCUCCCGCAAGAAAAUGGCAUUUUUGGACACUCUGCUGUCAUCCACAGUGGAUGGACGCCUUCUGACUUCCCAAGAGCUUUACGAGGAAGUAUCCACCUUUAUGUUUGAAGGCCAUGACACUACAACAUCUGGUGUAGGUUUUGCAGUCUACUUACUUUCUCGACAUCCAGAUGAACAGGAAAAAUUAUUUAAAGAGCAGUGCGAUGUGAUGGGCGCUUCUGGACUUGGUCGGGAUGCCACAUUUCAGGAGAUAUCCACAAUGAAACAUUUGGAUUUGUUUAUAAAGGAGGCGCAACGUCUUUAUCCGAGUGUCCCUUUCAUUGGUCGCUUUACAGAGAAGGACUACGUGAUUGAUGGUGACAUUGUGCCGAAAGGCACUACCUUGAACUUGGGCCUUCUUAUGUUGGGAUACAAUGACCGUGUUUUUAAGGAUCCUCACAAAUUCCAGCCGGAACGCUUCGAUCGUGAGAAACCAGGGCCCUUUGAGUAUGUGCCAUUUAGUGCUGGUCCCCGAAACUGCAUUGGACAGAAGUUCGCACUGCUGGAGAUCAAGACUGUGGUGUCCAAGAUCAUUCGAAAUUUCGAGGUGCUGCCAGCUCUGGAUGAGCUCGUUUCCAAGGAUGGCUAUAUAAGCACAACUCUAGGUCUUCCCCCGGAGGAGAAGAAGAGCCUUGAUGCUCACAUUCAUAAGUAAGAUCCAAUUUUGUCGGCAUCCAUGACUCUGAAGUCCGAAAAUGGUCUGCAUAUACGCAUGAAGACGAAGCUCGGAUGAAUAAACUCUUGCAGGCUAAAAAUUUUGAUAAGUACAUGUAUAAUUCACAUUUUAAUUAACAUUGCUACUUUAUUGUCACUUAUUUGAAUAAAAUUAGCUUAGACUGCCACUA